AUGAAUUUGCAGAGAGGCUUGCCGCUUCUCUACCAGCAGUUCUCAGCUCUGUUCUGGAAGAACCUUCUGCUCUCAUGGCGGAGCAAGAGAGCAACGUUUCUUCAGCUUUUCUCUUCUUUCUUCUUCAUCCUUCUCAUCUUCUGUAUCCAGAAGGCGAUGGAGGCGAGCUUCGCGUCCUCGACGGCGCUCAAGACUGUCACUGAUCCGACGGCUCUGAUUUCUCCGCCGAUUCCACCAUGCGAGGAUAAGUUCUUUGCGAAGCUUCCCUGCUACGACUUCGUCUGGAGUGGGAGUCAGAGCCCACGGGUGACGAACAUCGUUAAUGCGAUUAUGGCGAACAAUCCGGGAAGACCGAUUCCAAAGGACAAGGUUCGAGCAUUUAGAACUCCAGAUGAUGUGGAUGCUUGGCUUUUCUCAAAUCCUAUGCAAACUCCGGGAGCUCUGCAUUUUGUGGAAAGGAACGCUACAGUAAUCAGCUAUGGUAUUCAGACGAAUUCAACUCCAGAGAUGAAUCGAGGACGUUUUGAAGAUCCGACGUUUAAGUUCCAGAUCCCCCUUCAAAUCGCCGCAGAGCGUGAGAUUGCUAGGUCUUUGAUAGGAGAUCCAAAUUUCAGCUGGAUUGUAGGAUUUAAGGAAUUUGCACACCCAGCUAUUGAAGCCAUUGUUGCGCUGGAUACUAUAGGCCCAACAUUCUUCCUUGCUAUUGCAAUGUUUGGUUUUGUUCUUCAAAUGAGUUCUUUGAUCACAGAGAAAGAGCUGAAACUUCGUCAGGCGAUAACGAUGAUGGGUGUUUUCGACUCUGCUUAUUGGUUAUCAUGGCUCACAUGGGAAGGAAUCCUUACUGUUCUCUCAGCACUUCUGAUAGUUCUCUUUGGAAUGAUAUUCCAAUUCGACUUCUUUUUGAAGAACAGUUUCGCUGUUGUAUUCCUCCUUUUCUUGCUUUUCCAGUUCAAUAUGAUUGGCUUGGCGUUCAUGCUAGCACCUUUCAUUAGCAAAUCGUCUUCAGCAACAACCGUUGGUUUUUUUGUGUUUUUGGUUGGCUUUGUGACACAGCUUGCUACAUCAAGUGGGUUUCCCUAUGGAAGCAAUUACUCUGUCACACUUAGGGCGCUUUGGUCAUUGUUCCCACCCAAUACCUUCUCUCAAGGUCUACAGCUGCUUGCUGCAGCAACUUCAACUCCUCAAGACCCAGGAAUUAGUUGGAACGAUCGAGCAGAAUGUGCACCAAAUGAUUCAUCCGACUGUGUCAUUACAAUUAACGAUGUCUACUUGUGGCUUGUCGGAACAUUCUUUCUGUGGUUCGUUCUGGCUAUCUACUUUGACAAUAUUGUUCCAAAUGCAUCAGGUGUAAGAAAAUCAGUCUUUUACUUUCUAAAACCUGGGUACUGGACAGGGAAAGGGGGAAACAGAGUUGAAGAGGGUGGUAUAUGUAGUUGUAUUGGUUCAGUUCCGCCUGAGGAUCAUAUUACACCGGAUGAUGUAGAUGUCCUUGAAGAGGAAACCAUAGUUAAACAACAAACAGCAGAUGGCAUAGUUGAUCCCAACGUUGCAGUUCAGAUACGUGGUCUGGGAAAGACAUAUCCCGGGAUGAGGAAGUUUGGAUGCUGUAAAUGCAAGAAAAGCCCCCCUUAUCAUGCUCUAAAGGGCUUGUGGAUGAAUAUUGCCAAAGACCAACUCUUUUGUCUCCUUGGACCCAACGGUGCUGGGAAAACAACUACCAUUAAUUGUUUGACAGGCAUAACUCCGGUUACUGGUGGGGAUGCAUCGAUUUAUGGAAAUUCCAUAAGAAGCUCCGUGGGUAUGUCAAACAUUCGAAAAAUCAUAGGAGUUUGCCCUCAGUUUGAUAUUCUGUGGGAUGCUUUGUCCGGUGAAGAACACCUCCACCUCUUUGCUAGCAUCAAAGGGCUGCCAUCCGCAUCAAUUAAAUCGAUUGUUGAGAAGUCUCUUGCUGAGGUAAAACUGACAGAAGCAGCAAAAGUUAGAGCUGGAAGUUACAGCGGAGGAAUGAAACGCCGACUCAGUGUCGCAGUAGCCCUUAUUGGUGAUCCAAAGCUUGUCUUCCUCGACGAACCGACAACGGGCAUGGAUCCCAUCACAAGGAGACAUGUAUGGGACAUUAUACAGGAAACAAAGAAAGGCCGUGCCAUUAUUCUAACAACACAUUCCAUGGAAGAAGCUGACAUUUUAAGUGAUCGAAUUGGGAUUAUGGCUAAGGGUAGGCUUCAAUGCAUCGGGACCUCAAUCAGGUUGAAGUCCCGGUUUGGCACUGGUUUCAUUGCUACCAUUAGCUUCACUGAAAGCCAUACCCAAGAAAUCUCCAACGCCAAUGGUGAAACUGGAAACACUGCUGCAAUUUCUCGUGAGCCCGUGAAGAAAUUCUUUAAAGAUAAUCUUAACGUUGAACCAACGGAAGAAAACAAGGCCUUCAUGACUUUUGUUAUUUCUCAUGACAGAGAGCAACUUCUGACUGACUUCUUCGCCGAGCUGCAAGAUAGAGAAUUAGAAUUUGGGAUCUCAGACAUCCAACUUGGUCUCGCAACACUUGAAGAAGUGUUCCUUAACAUUGCAAGACAGGCGGAACUUGAAAGCGCCGCCAUUGAUGGAACCAUGGUCACUCUCGACUUAACAUCCGGCUCCUCCAUCGAGAUACCCGUGGGAGCGAGAUUCGUGGGAAUCCCGGGAACAGAAACGGCCGAGAAUCCAAGGGGAGUAAUGGUUGAAGUGUUGUGGCAACAAGACGAGACGGGUUCACUCUGCAUCUCAGGACACUCCCCUGAGAUGCCAUUACCUGAAAACGUUCCGGCGAUGGCUCCUCCUCCGCACCCGACUGAUGGACGGAGAAGGCAGAUAGCCGUUCGAGGUAUUGUCGUUGAUCCUAACUUGGUUAACUUCAGAAGGAGUGGCUCCACUGCUUCUCAUUCUCAGCGUUCUUCAUUGUGAAUGGUUUUCUGAUUUCCCUUCUUUUUUUUUCUCGCAUAUAAAUAUGGUAAAAAAAAAAUGGUCUACAUGUUUAUUGUCUUAUAUAUAUGGUUGUAACUGAUACCUACUUCUGCAAUCAUACACGUAUAUACCCAACUCGUGUCACGGACGUAUUCUGUUUCAUAAAAGGCCCAUUAAUUCUUAA